AUGUGGGGGUCUCUGACCAUCCCUAUUGAAGAUGGCUUUGAUACCAUGCGGAAUAACAUGUCCAUGGAUCCAAAGUUCAAGGAGUUCCAUGAAUUCUGCAUGGAGAAUAAUAUCUCGUUUAAUGUUAUUAGUGCUGGGUUGAGGCCUAUCCUUAGGAAGGUGUUGGAUGCGUUUUUGGGGGCGCAGGAGUCCUCUAAUAUCAACAUUGUGGCCAACGACGCUGAUAUCGACGGCUCUACACCCUGGAAGCCCAUCUGGUUGCACGAGACAGAAUUAGGCCAUGACAAGGCCCUCUCCGUCAACCAGGGCCGUGCCGAAGCCGCUUCAGCUUGCGUCGAGGGCGAAAUCCCGCUUAUCAUCUUCAUCGGCGACGGUGUCUCGGAUCUCACGGCAGCCCGGGAAGCAGAUAUCCUCUUUGCACGGAAGGGCCUGAAGCUAGAGGAAUACUGCAAUAAAAACCAGAUCCCGUAUAUCCCGUUCGAAACGUUCGCGGAUAUCAAGAAGGAAGUCCAGCAUAUCAUGAAGGAGGACCUUGAGAAGACCGGUGGUACUGGUAUCCCGGCACGAUUCAACCCUCGCGCCAACAUGUGGCGUCGGAUUUCGAGCAAGCAGGCUGUGCCGAAAUUCGCGGCUGCUACUCCGUCCAACGAAGAAAAGAUGUUCCUGUGGCCAGAGGCCUUUUCCGACUACCAGCCCAAGGCUGUUCCUCAGGAUGGUUCUGUAUAG